CGCCGGCGCCACCUCGCUCCCGUCCCUUCCAGGCGCUUCGCCGCCGCGCGCCAAACGCCCCCAUAAAUGGCGCGCCGCCGUGUUCCGCUGGCGAACCAGAACACCCCCAACCUUCUUCUAUCUCCUCUACGCUCCAAACUCACUAGCUGCUCUCUCUCUCUCUCUCUCUCUCCAUGAUGAUGUCCUUGAUGUCCUCGCGAGCCUCUGCCGCCGCCCUCCUCCGCGCGGCGCCGUCCCGCUCCGCCGCGACGUCGGCGGCGAGGGCGAGGAAGCCGGUGGGGGAAUACCUGCCGGUGUACGUGGCGCUGGGGAUGGUCGCGGCGUCGGUGUCGCUGGGCCUCGCCACCGCCAGGCAGCAGCUGGCGCACGCGCCCAACGUGCGCCUCGACAAGAAGAAGCGGGAGGCCGUCCCCGAGCUGUCGGCGCCCGACAUGGCGCUCGACGAGGCGGAGCGCUUCGUCCGCGGCUCGCCGUUCCGCAAGGUGGCGCACGUGCAGGACGACCGCUCGCUCCGCGCCGGCGUCGCCGCCGACCCCGUCGCCGCCGCCGACCGCCCCGCCGCCAGGAAGGCCGUCACCCUCAAGGACGCCGGCGUCGAGCCGCCGGGCAUCGAACGGGGGAGGGAGGAGAUCCUCGAGGUCCUCGGGAAGAAGACCCGCACCGCCGCCGCCGCCGCCUGAAGCUAAUUAAAUAAAAGGCGUCGUUUUUCUAAUCACAGUUAAUUUAGUCGCUUAAUUUUAGGGAAAAGCUACGAAACGGCAUUCCGUUCGGACGGAGCGAACGGAACAGUUAAUAAAUAAUUAACUUAGGUGUGCUAAGCGAUGGAUAAUGAGCCACCGAUGUCGCGUUUCUGAGUUUUUCCUAAUCUAUCCCGUGCACACGGUAUCUUGUGCUGUAGUCUCCCUUUUAUUUUAUCUUUUUGGGUUUUCUCUUGCGUAAUUUAGGUUUAGUUUUGUUAAUUACUGGCUGCUUUUGUUAAGUGUUUUUCUGAGUCGGCUGUAGUUUUAUCAGGUCGAUGUGUUGUGUUUGGGAUCAAAAAUGUACAUGUGUAUCCAGAAGGGUUGUGACGAAAUAAAGUAAUAGUAAUAAUGAUAAUAAUAAUAAAUGAUGUA